AUGGCAACCAAAAAGAAACCAAUUCAGCUAUCGGUGCAAGAAAUUACGGAAGUGUAUCGCUGGGUAAAACAAUUCAACCUGUCCAAGGAAAUUAAAAAUAUCAACCGAGAUUUUACGGAUGGAGUGCUGGUAGCAGAAAUCUUAAAGCAUCUUUAUCCGAAGCUGGUCGACCUACACAACUACACCAGGUGUAAUGCUACCCGAAACAAGCUGGACAAUUGGCAGACUCUUAGCCGGAAGGUUUUCCACCGAAUGAACAUCUAUCUGGACGACGAAAUGAUGGCCGACUUGGCCAGCGGAACCAAUGGCAUGUUGGAGGUGCUGCUGUAUGAAGUGAUGGCCAAGUAUAGCUUAGAACACAACCCACGCCCCGAACCGGAAGAUCCUGAGGAACACAAUCAUUGUGAAGCACGAUUUGAGUAG